AUGGACGGUGACCUUAUUAGGAUGGCUGGAUUUGUGCUAGUUGCUGACAUGGCUGAUGUGGCUAGUGCUGGGCUAGCUGGGGGUGUUGCUGCACCUGAGGUGGUUGAUGUGGGGGCUGAUGCACCUAAGAUAGUAUCUGAUGGCAGUAGGACUGACAAGUGUUUCAAGGAUAAGGAUGUCAACUGUGUGGCAAAGGCUCUUAGGGAGUAUAGUGGUGAAGCUGUCAGCCCUACUCAAGUGUACAAUCACUUGAGGAAGUGGAGGCAGAAGUGGGCUAGGGACCACCCUAAGGAUGCUGAGUUCCUCAACACACCUAUCAGGUUCUACACUGAGAUAGAGACCAUUUUUAGUAGUGAUAUGGCCACUGGUAGGUAUGCCCUAGGGUCUAGUGAGCCACUUGGGGUGAACCAAGCUAACAGUGUGGCUGCUAAGAUAGAGGGCCAUGGCUUCACUAGUGCUACUGAUGUCAAAUAUAACACUGAGGUUGGUGAGGGCAGCAAGGCAACUGACCUUCUCACUUCCACUGUUGGGGCAAAGAGGAAAAGGGCAAACUUCAGUGAGGAUGAGAUGCUUAUGAUAACUAACAUGUCUGAUGCUGUCAACAAUGUGGCAAAUGCACUUAGAGAGACUAGGCCUGCACAUGUGGAUCCUGCCCUCUAUCUUGCAGUCAUGGAGAUGUAG